AAGUGGAUUUUGCCAACACUGGCACACAGAACUAUGGAAACCACCGCAGAGGUUGUUUCAUCUAAUUGUCUUCUUGUAUCAGAGUACUCUGAGUCUAACCCCACGCAACUUUCUGUUAUGGAACUUGGGAUUCGGAAUUUUGGGUGCACGCAUUACAGAAGGAGAUGCAAGAUCAGAGCGCCGUGCUGUGAUGAGGUUUUUGACUGUAGGCAUUGUCAUAAUGAAGCUAAGAACUCUGAGGAGGUUGAUGUUGUGGAUCGUCAUGAUGUUCCACGCCAUGAAAUUAAGAAGGUUAUCUGCUCUUUAUGUGACACAGAGCAAGAUGUUCAACAAUACUGCAUAAACUGUGGAGUAUGCAUGGGCAAGUAUUUUUGUGAUAUAUGCAAAUUCUUUGAUGAUGAUACUUCAAAGAACCAAUACCACUGUGAAGAAUGUGGCAUUUGCAGAACUGGAGGCAAGGAUAACUUUUUCCACUGCAAGAGAUGUGGAUGUUGCUACUCCAAGGUAAUGGAAAAGGGUCACCGUUGUGUAGAAGGAGCAAUGCAUCACAAUUGCCCUGUCUGCUUUGAGUAUCUAUUUGAUACAGUAAGAGAAAUCAGUGUCUUGCCUUGCGCGCACACUAUACAUUUAGACUGUGUCAAAGAGAUGGAAAAACAUCAUAGGUACUCAUGUCCUGUGUGCUCAAAAUCCAUCUGUGACAUGUCAAGUCUGUGGAAGAAGCUUGACAAAGUGGUUGCCUUAACUCCAAUGCCUGAAACCUUAAAAAACAAGAUGGUGUGGAUUCUUUGCAAUGAUUGUGGAGUGAAAUCUCAUGUUCAAUUCCAUAUUGUGGCACAUAAGUGUUUAAGUUGCAAUUCAUACAACACAAGACAGAUACAGGGAACACCUGCUACACCAGGCUCGUCUAGAGUGACAGAAAUGGUGAUAUGAACAUUAAGGGUCUCUUGGAAUGGAAACAGCUCUUGUUCAGCAGUUACUCAGUUAUUGAUGACAGAGAUCAAAUUGUAGUGGUCAAACAUAGACAGUUGAGGAUAAACUUGGUUUAGGCUGUGUUGUCUUAUGGUAUUAGUGUUAUUAAAGCCUAAGAAACAUUUUGGUCUCCUUAUCAUUGCCACCAUGCCAUCAUUAUAUUAAAAUGAUACAAAGAUUCAAAGCUCCCAGAGUCAAAUUGAUGAGUGACUAUGAGCUUUUACUUUCUGCA